GUUGUGGAAACGUAGAAAAAGAAAAAAUGGCGAUUUCAGCAAUUAAAUUCGGACCCUUUGUGCGGCCACAGUUGCCUGCAAUUACCAACACAACGUCAGGUGGCUUGAGGAAGCUCAACUAUCGAUCAAAGAGAUUUAUUUUACUUGCUCAGUACUCCCAAACACAGGAUCUUUUCUCUUCUCGUCUUCAAAAUAGUAUUGAGAACUUGCCCAAAUUGGUGGAAGACAUUGUCCAGACAUCUAUAAACACAGGCCCACGUGGAGCUUUAAGACUAGCUCAAGGUAUCCAAGCAUUUGUUGGGGUUGGUGGCGAGUGGCUAGCUGAUGCAUCUAAGUCAACAAGUUCCUCCACUGGAUUACCAACUCAAUUGCAGCUUGGAUUACUUUCACCUCUAUAUUUGAGGAGAUUGUUUGAGCGCAUGGGAGCAACCUAUAUUAAGUUAGGUCAGUUUAUAGCUUCUGCCCCCACCUUGUUUCCUCCGGAAUAUGUCCAGGAAUUUCAGAACUGUUUUGACCGAGCUCCUGCUGUUCCUUUCGAAGAGAUACAAAGGACCUUGCGUGAGGAAUUAGGGAGGCCAAUAGAUAGUGUCUAUGAAUAUAUUGAUCCAAUGCCACUUGCCUCAGCCUCUGUAGCACAGGUUCAUGCUGCAAGGCUCCAAGGUUCCCAAGAGGAUGUAGUUAUAAAGGUCUUGAAACCUGGAAUAGAGGAUAUUUUAGUGGCAGAUCUGAACUUUGUUUACGUUGUUGCUCGCAUAUUGGAGUUUUUGAAUCCUGAAUUCAGCCGUGCUUCACUGGUUGCUAUUGUGAAAGACAUACGGGAGUCAAUGCUUGAAGAAGUCGACUUUUAUAAGGAGGCUGCAAACAUUGAGUCCUUUAGGAGAUAUCUAGAAGCCAUGGGACUCACAAGGCAAGCUACAGCUCCGUAUGUGUAUCACCACUGCAGCACCCAACGUGUUCUAACUAUGGAGAGGCUAUAUGGAGUUCCUCUGACUGACCUGGACUCUAUAGGUUCACUUGUUUCUAAUCCAGAGUCGAGCCUUAUAACUGCCCUUAACGUGUGGUUUGGAAGUCUGCUCGCCUGUGAAACCUUCCAUGCAGAUGUGCAUGCUGGCAAUUUGUGGCUGUUACGUGAUGGUCGGAUUGGUUUCCUUGAUUUUGGAAUUGUUGGACGCAUAUCCCCAAAAACAUGGGCUGCCAUGGAUGUGUUUUUGGCAUCAAUUGCCACAGAGGAAUAUGAGUCAAUGGCUUCGGCCCUGAUUGAAAUGGGAGCUACAAGCAAGGAUAUUGAUGCAAAGGCCUUUGCAAGAGACUUGGAAAAGAUAUUUUCAUCUAUACAGGAGCUGGAUACGGAAAUAGUAGUUGCAACAGCCAGGGGAACAAACAAAAAUGCAACUGCAGUAUCUGCGAAUCUAAUUGUUGAUGAGAGACAGAUGAAUGCACUUUUCCUUGAUGUGAUUAGGGUGAGUGAAUCAUACGGACUGAAGUUUCCGAGGGAGUUUGCACUUCUGAUGAAGCAGCUUCUGUAUUUUGAUAGAUAUACACGUUUGCUGGCCCCCAACUUGAACAUGCUUCAGGACCAGAGGAUUUCCAUUGUCUCAAAUAGAAGAAGCAACAGAAACUUUAGGAAGAUGAGUUUCGAAUGAAGAUGGGACAUCGAUGUAUGUGUAUGUAUUGGUAUAGGAGAUACUUGGUGUAAAAAUUUAGGAAAUAGAUAGGGAUUCUAAGUUAAAGGUUUUUUAUUUUGUGCAAUGUGUUGUUAUACUAGUUUUUAAAAUGAUAAUAAA